AGGAUAAGUUUGAAUAAGAUCUCUAUACCUUUCAAAAUCAAUUUAUUUGCAUAAAAUUUUGAUAGGAGAAUUAAUCAAUUAGAAAAUUUUGGAAGAAUAAUUUUCCAACAUUGAUUAUUGGUUGGAAUCAGAUAUAUUGUUGAUCCAACAGAUUCAUUCUAUAAGAUAAAAGGAAACUUGAAAUGAAGUUGAAUAAAAUUAAAUAAAGCAGCAGUAACAAAAGUAUUAUAUAAUUUUUUUCGCAUUUAAGCUCCAAUAGUAAUUUUAGGAAUUAAUGUUAAAUAACAAAUUAUUAUGGAAGAUCAGUGAUGAAAUUUUGUUUUAGUUUGGUGAACAGAGCAGCUAUCAUCAUCCUUAAAUUAAAAUUUAUUUGUUUAUAUAUUUCUUCUUUUCAUAAACUAACCUUAGCUCAAUUAUUUUAAAUGACUUAUAUAGCUGGUUUUUUUCUUUUAUUUUCAUAAUUAUUGCAUUUACUAAGAUUUAACAUUUUUUAUUUCUGA